UGCAUGUCACCGUGGGAACGCUUCUGUCGGAAUUUCAGUGGUCGGAAUCCACUGAAUCAGUUGCCAUAGAAACUGUGUUCAAUAAUAGCUAUAGUCACUGAAUUUGUAUUUAUGCAGUCUGAGAAUUGUUGCACACCCCCUGCUUCUUGCAGAGAGGGCCUUGAUAUAUAUUUAGCCCCAAAAUUAAAAAAGGAUGUAAUGCCCAGAGAUAUUCCAAAUUUAUGUUGAGGAAGGAUGCACCUCUGCAAAAGUCUUGGUACAUUUAAUCUUAAAGGAUUGAUAAAAAUGAAAUUGGCUGUCUAGUGGAAAGUAACGGGUGUGCAUAUUUAACUCACCUGCAAAACAGAGGUUACAGAGAAACAAUAUCUUUACAGGUCAUUAUUACACAUGAGACACGUUUGAUCCAUUUCUUAGCCAUAAUAUUAUCACGACAACGCAUUAUUUUUCCCUUUAAAAAUGCAGUGUUGUUUCAACACAUGGUUUGGUAAAAUAUGGAUAAACCCAACUUAUACUUGGUUGAACAUCCAAAAUGGGAUGUCAUGGUGGGUUGUUUCAAUCUAUGGUUGGGUCAAAUAUGGACAUUUAGUAAAUGUGAUGCACAACACACCAUGACACCCACACGCAGGGGUGCAUCCAAAAAUGAAAAAAAAUGACAUAAAAAUAUUCAAGAAGUUCCCCCUAGUGGAAAGCAGAGAUGCUCAACAGUAAGGCAGGCAGUGUCUUGCGCGUUUAAGUUGGACCUCCGUGUGUCCGUGCGUGAUCGUGGGAGACUCGCAUCAGCUCACUGCCCACUCCACGCCCCCGCAGAGUCUCCCAAACUGUCGGUCGCAGGAGGAGAGAUGAUGUGGGGGAUGUAAGACACGGGGAUCAGCAGACAGCAGCUGGAUUCUCGGGCUUAAACCAGCCGCACUGAUGGAGUGAAGAACACAGCUAGACGGUUGACCUGAAUCUAAUCCGUGAUGUGUCGACAGUGCUGAGGUUGGAGAAGGAGUGGGGCGGGGAUUCUGGGAUUUUUGCGGCGGAGAGUAAGAAAUCAUGGGUGAUGGAGGGACCUUGCGCACAGAGGGCAAUGCCCUUUUAAAAGCUGUGUUUCAGGGCAAACUCCGCCUCGCACGCCUCCUCCUGGAGGGUGGAGCCUAUAUCAAUGAAGGGAACGAGCGAGGAGAGACGCCUGUCAUAGCAGCCUGUCUGGCGGGAUACGAGGAUCCGCAGACCCGGCAGCGAAUGGUGCGGUACCUCCUGGAGAAGGGAGCUGACCCAAAUAUACCUGAUAAAUCAGGUCGGACUGCCUUGAUGCAUGCGUGUGCAGAACAUGCUGGUAAAGAGGUGGUCUCCAUGCUGCUGGAGAACGGCGCCGAUCCCAGUUUAAAAGACUAUUCUGGGGCAUCUGCACUUGUACAUGCCAUUAAUAAAGGCGAUAGAGACACUCUCCAGGUCUUGCUGGAUGCUUGCAAAGCUAAGGGCAAAGAGGUGAUCAUCAUUACUACCGAUACCUCUCCCUCUGGUACUAAAAAGACCAAACAGUACCUGAACUCUCCACCAUCUCCAAAUGUGGUGGACAAAAUCUCACCCGGCUGCAUGUCUCCGUCCGAGGUGGAGAUCAAUACAUCUGGCUCUGCUCCAGGUGAAAAGCAAGAGAGCAUUUUCAACUUUGCCGUGAGCUCGGCGCUCCCGCUAGCCUCCAGCAGGCCGCAAAAUGAGAGGAGACCGCCUCCCCGCAAACUUCUGAAAAGACUGAACUCUGAGCCCUGGGGCCUGGUGGCUCCAUCCGUACUUGCAGAGACAGUGGAGCGGAUGGAAGGGGAUUUAGCUGAAGAGGAUAAGUUGGCCUCUGAGAUGAAUGGGCUGUCAGUCUCGGGUCCAGGCAGACCUUUACUGUCUCGUAGACACAGUAUAGAGACCCAUGACCCAACAUCUCCAAAGCUGAUGGAUAGGUCUUGUUCUGAGGACUGUGCAGGAUUGUGUGGUUCAUCCUGGGCGGAUAAAGUCCAUCAGCACCAGUCUCUGUAUCGCAGAAACACAGCCCCUGAAACCCAGGAAAAUGUGGCACAAGCAGCGGCGGGCAUACGUGGCCUACAACACCCCAAACUCACCCGCAUGGAACACUACGAGUCAGACACACACCUGUGUCCCACCUCCAUUCCCGGAUCUCCGGAUUCCGGACGUGUCUCCGUGGAGCGCCGCAAGUACAACGCCUCUCCCUUAUCCCUUCUCACCAGCUCCUCCCGAGAAUCUCUAGAGAGCAUCCCCAACUCUGUAUCUCCCAUCACAAUGCGGCGCCGUCCAAUCGGGCUGUUGGAACGGAGGGGAUCGGGCACUCUCCUCCUGGAUCACAUCUCCCACACACGACCUGGGUUCCUCCCUCCUCUCAACGUCAACCCCCAGCGACCCAUUCCUGACAUCCGGGCUAAUGGAAAACCCACUUCUCCGGUUCACUCCGGAAGCAAGAUCAUGCUUCCGGUCGCCCCCUCGUCCCCGAAACGUGGGCCGGACUUCAAGAUGAAGAAGAAACUGAUGAGAAGACACUCGAUGCAAACGGAACAGAUGAAACAGCUUUCGACCUUUCGGGAAAUUCUUACAGAAAAGGUGAUGGAAAUGAAUGGAGACUGAAAGGAAGAGAGAUAAAGAAAGAGCAAACGAACGUCAGUGCUGGCCAUUUCAUCCACAACGUGUCAAACUGUUUCAGAUUGUGAAAUGGAAAAUGAGUAACUGUCAUAAAAAGGAUAAUGACUUCAAAUACGAUCUGUUGCGAAUAUUUAAAGGAUACUUGAUGUUAUCUGGGAUUAUUAUUUGUCCAUGAAAGAUCUAGAAUAUCUGAUGGGUGAAGAUAAACUCAUUAGUGUCAGUGGAAUCUAAUGCUGUUGAUGUUUCAAUUUGCUGCAAUUCUCAGAUAAAACCUCACAGAUUCUGUCUUCAACAGAUUUCUCUUAUAUAAGCGCUGUUAUGGCUUUCAGCCGCGUUACUGUCGUGGCUCUGUGAUGUCACAUCCUGUGGAAUAAUAAGGAAGUGCUUUAAAUAAUCCUGAGAAAAUCUUUGCACUUUUAUGGCUAAAGCCUCGUUCAGACCACCAGCGACUUUCCCGCUGUGUGUCACCCGUCUCUUUCAAUGAGGCGCUUCUAAAUCUGGUUGUCAUAAACAAAUGAGUACCAUCCACUCCAGUAACUGACGUCAGAAGGAUGAAGUGAACUCCACUGCUUUACUCCCAUUGGUAGUCGCUCCUUAAAUUGCUCAUCAUUUGCAUAAAGUUAAACUUUUCUUAAGUUUUCAAUGGAAGUCACCAAACUUCCAUUUAAAUACGUCACUCUGCUGCUGGUAGUCGCUGGUGGUCAAAAUGGGGUUUAACUGUCAUUAUGUGUAGUUCCCAACUUUACUGUAGUUUCUUAGCCAAAAGGAAGAAUUUUAGAUUUAUACUUUUAUCCAAAGUGACCUACGGUGCAUACACUCUUAAGCUACACUCCUAAAAAAUGAAGGUUAUCCAUGAUGCUAUAGAAGAACCAUUUUUGUCUGUAUGGUUCCAUAUCUACAGUACCUUCAUGUUUUUAUACAGUAAAAGUUUCUUUGUAAUAGAAAAAAAAGUUCUUUUGAUUGGCCACACUGUCAGAAAAAAGGUACAAAACUACCUUUUCUGUUGCUGGAGUGGUACCCUGAAAGGUUCAUUUUUGUACCUUUUAUGGGUAUACAACAAAUUGAAAUGUUGUGCCCUGUGGGGUACAAUAU